CCCGGGCCUCCAGGGCGGCGGAGCGGGAAGUGGGAGAGGGAGCGAAGGAGGCGGAGACUGCCGCGGAUGCAGCCAGGCUGGGCUCCGAGCGAGGAACUGCAUGGAGCGGCCGGCGCGGCUUUGCGGGCUGUGGGCGCUGCUGCUCUGCGCCGGCGGCGGCGGGGUGGCCGCGCCCGCGGAAACUCAACCACCUGUGACGAAUUUGAGCGUGUCUGUUGAAAACCUCUGCACAGUCACGUGGACAUGGAAUCCUCCUGAGGGAGCCAGCCCAAAUUGUAGUCUAAAGUAUUUUAGUCAUUUUGGCAACAGACAGGAUAAGAAAAUUGCUCCAGAAACUUAUCGUUCAAAAGAAGUGCCCCUGAAUGAGAGGAUUUGUCUGCAAGUGGGGUCCCAGUGUAGCACCAACGAAAGUGAGAAGCCUAGCAUUUUGGUGGAAAAGUGCAUCUCGCCCCCUGAAGGCGAUCCUGAGUCCGCUGUUACUGAACUACAAUGCAUUUGGUAUAACCUGAGCUACAUGAAGUGCGCUUGGCUCCCUGGAAGGAAUACAAAUCCUGACACUAACUAUACUCUCUACUAUUGGCACAGCAGCCUAGGAAAAAUUCUUCAGUGUGAAGACAUCUAUAGAGAAGGUCAACACAUUGGUUGUUCCUUCGCUCUGACUAAAGUGAAGGAUUCCAGUUUUGAACAACACAGUGUCCAAGUAAUGGUCAAGGACAAUGCAGGAAAAAUCAGACCAUCCUUCAAUAUAGUGCCUUUAACUUCUCAUGUGAAACCUGAUCCUCCACAUAUUAAAAAUCUCUCCUUCCAAAAUGGUGACUUAUACGUGCAAUGGAAGAAUCCACAGAAUUUUUAUAGCAGAUGCUUAUCUUAUGAAGUAGAAGUCAAUAACAGCCAAGCUGAGACACAUGAUAUUUUCUACGUUGAAGAAGCCAAAUGUCAGAAUUCAGAAUUUGAAGGAAACCUAGAGGGUACAAUUUGUUUCAUGGUCCCUGGUGUUCUUCCUGAUACUUUGAACACAGUCAGAAUAAGAGUCAAAACAAAUAAGUUAUGCUAUGAGGAUGACAAACUCUGGAGUAAUUGGAGUCAAGCAAUGAGUAUAGGUCAGAAGGCCAAUCCAACAUUUUACAUAACCACGUUACUCAUCAUUCCGAUCAUCGUUGCAGCUGCAAUCAUAGUCCUUCUGCUGUACCUGAAGAGGCUCAAGAUUAUUAUAUUCCCUCCAAUUCCUGAUCCUGGCAAGAUUUUUAAAGAAAUGUUUGGAGACCAGAAUGAUGAUACCCUGCACUGGAAGAAGUACGACAUCUAUGAGAAGCAAACCAAAGAAGAAACUGACUCUGUCGUGCUGAUCGAAAGCCUGAAGAGAGCCUCUCAGUGAUGGGGGAUAAUUUAUUUUAACCUUCAAUGUGACCUUGUGAAGAUUCAUUCCAUUUUCCAUUUGUUAUCUGGGAACUUGUUAAAUGGAAACCGAAACUACUGGACCAUUUAAAAACAGGCAGCUCAUAAGAGCCACAGGUCUUUAUGUUGAGUCGUGCACCGAAAAACUAAAAAUAAUAAUGGGCCCUUGGGAGAAAAGAGUGGAGUCAUUUUCGUUGACUUAUAAAAAGCAAGACGUCUUUUGCUAAGGCUUCAAACUAGAGGACAAAAGCAAAAAGUGAUGAUGGCAGUCGAGUUAAUCUUAUCAAGAGUUGUGACAACUUCCUGAGGGACCUAUGCCUGCUCUGUAUUCUUUGUCUCAAAUAAUACCAACAAAUUCUAUUUGUAGAACUCAUUUUGGGUGCAAAUGCUAAAGUCAAAUUUGAGUCAUAGAGAACGUCUAGCAAACAAAAUGGAUACAAUCUGUUAUCUGUUGUUUGGGAUCCCACUGAGUAAUGGCUAUGGUUAUUAAAACUCUUUAAUAGUCUGGAAUCUUCAUCCCCUUCAGCAGCAUUUCCCUCUGCUUUGAAAGGCCCAGGCAUCCUUGUUGGCCGUGAGUGACUACAGAAAAAGCAGAAGCAGCUUCUUUACUGAGAUCUUUCAAAGCCAUUUCAGGCUUUUAAGGGCAGUAGCGGCGGAGUGACUUUAUUGGGUAUUAGAGUUUGAGCGACACAGUCUCUAAUGAUGCGUUGUUGAUUCUUCACCUCCGCUACUCAAGUCAGGUAUUUACUCUGCGUCCAGACUGUGUUAGGCCUCCAGGUGUGAGGCACCAACUCCCUCAAAGAAUUCACAGUCUAGUUGGGGCUCCUCAGUUCUUUCUCCGCCGGUCAUUUCCAGACCUUUCAACACCCCACUUCCCACCUCGAUUUCCCCUUUUGCAUCUCCCUCAUUCCCUUCUGUGUAGUUUUUCCCCUCUCAUGAGCAAUUAGAAUAUGAAUCUGCUCACAGCACCUAGAGGAGCGGGGAGUGAUUUGCAUCUCAGGAAAAGUGCGAGUAGACUAAGAAACAAUGACUAAUUCUCACGUAUUUUGUAACUUCUGUGUGACUCUGCAUUUAUUUGAAGCUUUUCAGCAUUUGCUGUUUCUGUAUGCAUUUUAUAAACAGAAAACCGGUAUUAUCUUCACCUAGAACUUUGCUAUUUGCUUGAGAAAAAAAGAACAGUUGUGUCUUUCUCUUUUCCCUUACUCCCACAAAUGGUUAUUAAUAGGUUUUGUUUCUUAUAUUGAUAACCAGCCAUCUAAGGCUCCAACGUUUGUAUUUCUUUUGCAUAUGUUAAGGCUCCAUUCUCACCCGUCCCCACAACGUAUUUAAAGUGUGGAAA